CCUUCUUAUUAUUAUUUUUAUUUCUAUUACUAUAAUUAUUAUUAUAAACAUAUAUUAUGGCAAGUGCUACUGUUAGUACAACUACUAUUGUGAAGCCCAUUAGAACUAUAAAUACGCCGUCUUCAGCAUCAACAUCAUCUUUACCAUUAUUAAUAAUAACGGACAAUAAAAAAUCUCAAAGAAAGCCGUUUAUUAAAAGGGAACAACAACAAUCUAAAAAGACGACUUCUUCUGCACCCAAUACACCACAAAAAAGGAGAAAGAAGAAAUCAGUAAAGGAAAUAACCAAUUCAGAGUCUUCAUCUUGUACUGAAUCAGAUGAAUCGAAUGUGACAUCUAAGAAUACAAACAAGAAAACAAAGAAAAGAAUUCAAAGCAAUAGUAACCAAAAGUCAAAAAAGACAAGUGCAUUGGAUAUUACCAUUACUGCUACUACAUCUGCUUUAUUUACUAAUAAUAAGCAUUUCCCAACAAAUAAUCUUAUUAGAAUGAAAAGACAUGAGCAUUUACUUUUACGAGAAUCUACUACUAUUCAUCGACAAAGAAGUCGUCGCAAGUCAACAAGUAUUAUUGAUAUGAGAAAAACAAGUGAUAUUUAUGCUGGACCUACAUUUACUAAUAAUGCGCCUGCUCCAAGUGCUUUACCAAUACCUUUCAGUAACACAAAUAAACAACAAUCAAGAGAUUUAUUGGACCUUUUAAAGCAUAAAAAACGUCAUUCUACACAUGAAUUUGAUUUAACAGAAAUACAAAAGGGUUUGAGAUCCAUGUUGAAGAUUUAAUUCUUUCUUUCUUUCUUUCUUUCUUUAUACCCUUUUCGAUUAUUUUUUUUUUUUUUUUUUU